UUCCUUAAACUUCUUUUGAUCUUUGCAGAUACCGGUUACUGACCAUGUCUGUGGAACUGCAGGAUGCGGACCUUGCAGAGGUAAAGCCUCUGGUAAAGAAAGAGGAGGCAAUCAUUCGCCUCCUUCCAGAGUUUGAUGCUCAGGAGCAAGAUGUUGAAACUGUGCAUGGCUCCGUUCAUGUCACAAUGUGUGGGGUCCCCAAAGGAAACAGGCCCGUCAUCCUGACAUACCACGAUAUUGGACUGAACCACAAAACUUGCUUCACUCCCCUCUUCAACUUCGAGGACAUGCAGGAGAUCACACAACACUUUGCAGUCUGCCAUGUGGAUGCACCUGGGCAGCAGGAUGGAGCAGCACCGUUCCCAGCUGGAUACAUGUAUCCCUCUAUGGAUCAGCUGGCUGAAAUGCUCCCAGGGAUCCUGAAACAGUUUGGGCUGAACAGUGUUAUUGGAAUGGGAACUGGAGCUGGUGCCUACAUCCUAACUAGGUUUGCUCUAAACCAUCCAGAGAUGGUGGAAGGACUUGUUCUCAUUAAUGUAAACCCUUGUGCUGAAGGAUGGAUGGAUUGGGCAGCAACUAAGAUUUCAGGAUGGGCUAACGCCCUGCCAGAUAUGGUCAUCUCGCAUCUUUUUGGAAAGGAAGAGAUUCACAGCAACCCCGACCUGAUUCAUACUUACCGCCAACAUGUUAUCAAUGACAUGAAUCCAACCAAUCUUCAUCUCUUUGUCAACUCUUAUAACAGUCGAAGAGAUUUAGAGAUUGAGCGCCCAGUUCCUGGAGUAAAUGUUGUUACUCUACAAUGCCCUUCUCUUUUGGUGGUUGGUGACAAUUCCCCAGCAGUUGAUGCCGUGGUUGAAUGCAAUGCUAAAUUGGAUCCAACGAAGACCACACUCCUGAAGAUGGCGGAUUGCGGUGGCUUUCCUCAGGUUUCCCAGCCUGCAAAGCUUGCAGAAGCUUUCAAAUAUUUUGUCCAAGGAAUGGGCUAUAUGCCUUCAGCCAGCAUGACCAGACUGAUGAGAUCCCGUACAGCAUCUGGCUCCAGCGUGACCUCUUUGGAAGGGCAGAGGAGCAGAUCCCAUACUGGGGAGGGAACAAGAAGCAGAUCUCACACUGGCGAGGGCACCAGGAACCGUUCUCACACAGACACGCGCAUUGAGCUCACUCCUAACUCUGCAAACAAUGCUGAACAAUCCAGCCCCAAGUCCAUGGAAGUCUCCUGUUAAAUACAGUUUUUAAAAGAAAAAAUAUCUGGUUGUAGUCGGAAAAGUUAAACUUCAAUGGCUGCCCACUGUGCAUUGCAAAACGUAACUGGCAUUAAUCUCAGGCUGUUCUGUGAGAUGAACUGUUUUAGAGUUUGAUGGGGACCAAAGAAAGUAAGCAUCUCAAUUGCUAGAUCUUUAUUUUAAUUGAUGGUUGCUGCUAUUGUGCCCUCCUCCAACUGAUGCCAAAUUCUAAAGGAUAUUUGCCAAAAAUUCACAUGGCUGUAAACAUGGUAAAUUCCCAUUUCACCAAAUCUCCUUUCCAAACAAAUAUUGGAAGCAGAUGUGCUCCUGCUUUCUAUGUCUCAUUUACUCUGAAUAAACUGACCCAGUUUGUGGCACAGGUUUGUUUUUGUUUUUUAAUAUCAAUGAGAAAAUCAAUGCAUUAUGGGUGGCUUAGUUACAGCCUCAUGUUGAAGCUGGAGUUAACACAUUGUACAUAGUUUAAUUUCCAAUCACUGAAUAACUCAACUGCAUUGUGCAUUUUAUAGGCCUUCUAAUUCAUUAGUACUCCAAGCCCAUCUUUUUCCUAAGUACAACUAUAUGCUACAACAAUAGGCAACUUAAUGUGACUUCAAGGGAAGCUAAAUCUUUCUAAGUUUUUUGUAUUUCACUUUUUACUUUGAGAUUUAGUUCCACUCUUUUUCCCCCUUUUAGUACCUAAAAACCUGCUUAACAAGGUUUAAUUUUUGUAAGUGAAGUAGCACUUCCUUUUUGGUGGGAUCUUGGAUGAUGUGGCAGAGGGUUGGCUUGCUUAUAGUACCUGGAGCAACUGCACAUGGGCAAUGAAUAGUUGUUGGAAGCAGCUUGAUUACCACUUCAUGUGAGGUUUUUUUCGUUUGUUUUUAAUCUUUGCAGCUUGAGGGGGUUUUUGUCUAGCAGAAGUGUAAUAAUUCUGUGAACAAAGCCAGUUCCAGCUGUUCUAGAUCCAGAACGAUGAACAACUGUGGGAUGGCUUGUAAUUACUGUACAUUCCACAGCCACUAAUUACUAGAGGGUUUUUUUUAAUUUCUGAUUAGAACUUACUGGUGCUCAAAAGUACAGUCCACAACGUGGUGGAAGGGGCAACACUGUAACUGAGAAAUCUAGUGGUUAAUAACUGUAAAUCUAGUGAUGUGCUGAUUUCUGUAUCUCUUAACGUAACCUACUGAUAGCUCUCAGGUUAUGUUCUUUUGAAAGUUGGUGGGUUUGGUACCUAUCAACUGCCCACUGUUUUUUUUUCCUAGGUGUUGGAUGUUCUUCAGUCUAUCUUUUUUCCUUCCAUUCGUGUAUUUGAACAGGUUUUCACUUGCUUUGGUAUGCAUUUGCUACAUCACAAUUAUUACAUAGACAUGAAAAUUCAGAUACUGAGCAAUUAAAUAGCAAGUGGUAAUACUUUUAAUACACUCAAGUAUUUUGGGUUGCUCUCCAUGUUCAGAAGAAUGCAGUUUAGGUUACUUCACAUCUAACUAACACUUGUGCAGAAUUUCCAUAAUGGCUUGUUAGGAGGAACAGGCAAAUUUUUAAAGAGAGAAUAAAGCUACUGUGUAAAGUCUAUCCAGAAAAGUUUCUUAAUGAAGUAUUUGUAUUUAUUUAAAAAAAAAAAUAAAUUUGUAACUUUGCAA